GUUUGUGAUGAUUUAAUUGGAGAAGAAGUGGCAGAAGCCCCUGAGGGUCGUGGUAGAAGGCGUUCAGAAAACUAUAUUCAAAAUUCCUCUUCCGGACAUUAUUCUGUAACUUCCUCAUCUCAAAAUCCAAAUAUUCAGCAACAUCAUCGAUCCUUGUCAGGACCGCAGAAUUUACCACUUCCACCCCUACCACAGCAGCAUGUUCCAUCGCCUCAUUUGUUACAUCAUUCACAUAAACAGCACUCACAUUCUUCUCUAAUAGCUGCCAAUUGGCGUCCUUCUCAAAGUCAAUCAGGUCAACAGCCACCACCGAUACCAAACCCACCAGUACAGAUAACAUAUCAGAAUACAUAUUCUAAUUCUAAACCUUCGUCUCCUAACAAUUUUCCAAAUAUAUCAACUUCUGCCACUUCUUCUCCAAUUAAAUCAUCACAAACCUCAACACACACGACGC